AUGCUGCUGGUGUACAUUAAAAGGAACAACAAAUCCCCUGCGCAAUGGGCUGCCUCAACAAGGAGGCUGAGGCGUGGCAAAUCUGCUAAGAAGAUCAAUGGAUCCGCAAAGGAGAUCAAUGGAUCUGCUGGGACGAGCUGCUGGAAGGAGGUGUUGCUAAGUCAUUUCAGAGAAACUGAGUCGCCACCUCUUGAGUUGAAAUUAUGCUUUGCUGGAGCGAACGAGUUGCUGGAGUUGAAGGGAGGAGCCCCCUCCACUCGCCAUCCGCCUUGUCCUCCUCUCUACUUUCAAGGGAAGGAACUGCUGGAAUUGAAGAAAACUGAAGCUGCUCACGUCGAAUGGAAGACAUUAUUUGGGAUUCCGCCACCCAUCCGCCAUCGUCAUCCACCUCCCCGCCAUUCACCGGCUCUCCAACGUACAUCCCAAGGAAUCCGAGUUGCCCUCCUGGAUCGAAGAGAAGGCACUCCUUGGGACUUUGCCGUCCAUCCGCCAUCCGCCAUUCACUGGCUCUCCAAACCAAGUCUAAAGGAAACCGAGUCGCCACCUCUGGAGUCGGGCGUUGGUGCAGCUGGAGCUGAGCGUAUGCCUGAAGUCGAGAGCUGCUGGGAGGAGCUGCACGGCGCUGCAACUUUCAAGCUGCAACUUUCAAGAUUCCGCCGCGCACGGGGGCUGCCUGGGUGCCUCGACCAGGAGGGGGCUGAGCUGUGGCUGAGACAGGGCGGAGGCUGCUCCAGUGGUGAUGUGAUGUGCAACCGGGCCGGGACGCUUUUGGAGCUCUGA